AUGGCCGCUACCGCAGUAGACAAGGAGGGCCUCUUCAUUCCCCUCAUCGACUUCUCCGCCUUCCUCAACGGCGACGUCGCACAGCGCACCGAGACUGCUAAGCAGAUCCUCCACGGCUUCCAGAACGCCGGCUUCAUCUACCUCCAAAACGUGCCCAUCAGCCCAGAACUCCGCAGCGCCACCUUUGCCAAGUCGGCCGACUUUUUUGCUCAAGAUGAUGCCGAAAAGAUGGCCGUUGGCUGGACCACACCGGAGGCCAACCGCGGCUACUCUGCCCCGGGCCGCGAGAAGGUCAGCCAAUUCAUGAACGCGGACGACAUCAAAAAGCAGCGCUCUGGUAACCCUGAUCUGAAGGAGAGUUUUGAGAUUGGCCGUGAUGGCGAGCCUGACCACCCUAACCAGUGGCCUGUUGAGAAGGAGGGAACUCCCGUCGCAGGGUUCAAAUCCCAAAUGUUGGAAUUCUUUGACCAAUGCAAGGAUCUGCACACCGAGGUCAUGCGCGCCAUUGCCGUAGGGAUGGGUAUCGACGAGACUUACUUUGAUGGGUUUACUGAUGUUGGCGACAAUACCUUGCGUCUCUUGCAUUAUCCCUCUGUUGACCCUAAGGUCUUCAAGAUCAACCCAGGCCAGGUCCGCGCUGGCGAGCACAGCGAUUACGGGUCCAUUACACUGUUGUUCCAGGACGACCGCGGCGGUCUGCAGGUUAGAAGCCCGAACGGCCAGUUUGUGGAUGCCACGCCUAUUCCGGGAGCCGUAGUCGUCAACGCGGGUGAUUUGUUGGCGAGAUGGAGCAAUGACACUAUCAAGAGCACUAUCCACCGCGUCGUUGAGCCCCCGAGGAAGCCAGAGGACGGCGCCGAAUACCCCCCACGGUACAGCAUUGCGUACUUCUGCAACCCGAACUUCAAGAGCCACAUCGAGGCCAUCCCUGGCACAUACGCAACGGAAGAGGAGAAGAAGUAUGAAGGCAUCAACAGCGGACAGUACCUCGUACAGAGAUUGGCAGCCACGUACUGA